UCUUCGUAGCCUUCUCACGUUAAACUUUCCCUCAAGCACUCUUAAUUUAUUAAAACGAGAAAACGAGAGCCCGUGAUGGUGACUGUAGCCUUUGUGUUUGGAUUCUUGCUCACGUGCGUUUGUGCUGACAGGGUUGCAGAUGUGGUACUUUCCUGCACCCUGGUGGAGGAGGGAGUGGGACUUGGUGGCGUGGGAGGUGGCUCACUCUUCACACACACCCCAGCCACUCUGGUCUUAAGAGACGUUCCAGUGGCUUCUGACGAACCACUUGAAACACUCACUUCGUUUGUCCCGCCUUCAAUCCCUGACCCAGAUGCCCUCCUGUUAGAAGUUAAAGUGGCAUCGCCUGAGAUCCCCAACACACACGUGUUGCUCCAUGCGGACUGCAAUGAGCAGGAGGUGAAGUGCGAUAUAAGCCGUUACUCUCCUCGUGGAAACCAGGAAAGUUCAGGAUCAGCUUUUUUUAUGGUGUCUCUUAAUGUGGAGGGAGGUGAGUUCAGCACCGUGUUGAUUCUGCGGACUUUGGCGGUGAAGAAGGACCAUUUGACCCUCAUACAGAACAAACUGGGUCUGCCUCUGAGCCAAUCGGGAACUCUCCUGACCGAGGUAAUAUUCCUGGUUUUUUCCCACGAAAAGUCUGUGUCGGCCCCUCUGAGAGGCGACGUUAUCCUCAACUGUGGCUUCAAGCAGCAGGAGAUACCUUUAGCGCAGGAAGUGUCCGUUGAAUGGCGACUGCAACACAGGGGAAAAGGGGGGAAAGUGUUUGAAAUGAUGACGAGGCUGGACGAGGCCGAAGGGAGCACAGUGGUGCAUGCGGAGAGAAGGGGAUCGAGCAUGGCCGCCUCCCAGGUGGUUGGAGAGGGUAACGCCUCUGUGACUCUGACCAAGCUGAAGCUUUUGGACGAGGGGACCUACAUCUGCACUGUCAGUAUUGGCAUUGUCCACGCCCAGCAGGUCAUUCAACUCCAGGUUGUUCAACCACCUCGUGUUUCACUCUCAGAGGAGAAACAGUCCCAGACGCUGAGCUGCCACUGCGCCACAUACUAUCCACUGGAAGCUCAGAUGCAGUGGUUAUCCCUCUCACCUGCAGACACAGAGCCCACAGUGCUUCCAGAUCAGGGCUCUCUGUCCAGCCAUCGACAGCACGGUGACGGGACGUAUUCCCUGUCAUCUCAUCUCUCUGUGCCCCCCACCGUCUCCCCUGGGACUACAAUUACCUGCAGGGUGUCUCACCCAGCCCUGGAUGGCCCUCUCUCCAUCAGUCUGGUGGUAGAAAGACCACAAGCAGGUUUCUACUGGUGGCUUCUGGGUUUCCUCGUCGUCACUUUGCUUUUCUUCUACAAGGUCAUGAGAUAAGUCAGUAGGAUAUAUUCUAGGACAAUAUACCGAGACUUAAACCUGAGCCCAGAGUGACUUUAUUUUUGUUAUUUGUGUGUUUUUAAAUUAUUACUGAUUUUAUUAGAAGCCGGUAUUCUACUGAACUGCGUUUCUGUUGCUCGUGGCAACCCAGGAGACAACAAAACAGGAGCCUCGGAUGCAGUUGAUAUAAACAUGUGUCUUUUCUUAAAGCGAUCGGGGUAAAGGUGACGGGGUCGAACUCAAACUAAAGAAUCCCCCCGUUGUCUCCCAAGACAAGACGGGUCCUCCGUCCCCCGUGGUUCGAGUCUUUACCUCCUGCUCGAUGCUGCCUGUCUCCACUGGUUCAUGAGCUCCUCCUGGUCCCCUGCAGCCGGUCGGCCUGCUCUGGUUACCUGGCGGGCUGCAGGUGUGACCAAGGCCCACGCCUCGGUGCUGCAGCGCCUGAACCAGAUGGAGCGCUCCCUCUCUCACCUCCACCUGAGCUGGAUCUUUCCCCCUGUAUAUUUAGUAUUAGUAUUUAGUUUUUUAGUAUUGUGUGUUUAAAAAAUAUAUAUAUUUAUUUUGUGCACCACUGCUGUGAUUUUUGAAAUUUCCCCACUGGGGGACAAAUAAAGGAAUAUCAUAUCA